UUUUAUGUCAUGUCAGUCUGUCAGUUAGGACCUUACAAUACGUAUAGGUUACGAAACAAAACAAAAUGCGAAUAUUUAGUUAUUUAUCGAAAAAAGUCGGUGAUCUUACUGUAAAAUACUCCAAUCUUCCCGAAUCUUAUAUCAAGCGGAGUUAUGAACAGGUGUAUUGGAAGAAUCCUGUUGGGUACCCACAGUAUCCUAAGGCUCAAAUAGCUCGAAAGAAGUUUCGUUUCACCACCAACAGGCCUUGGACAGGCCAAUUUCAGCAGCAAAAUGAUAUAAAUAUUCAUCGAAAGAAGGUGUUUUUAGAACCAAUAGGAGAAUGGUCAUUUUUCAGAGGUGACCGUGUGGAGGUGAUGGUGGGCAAAGACAAGGGCAAGCAGGGCAUUGUAUCACAGGUCAUACAGGAGAGGAAUUGGGUGUUUGUUGAGGGCCUCAACACUCAUCUUAGACGGGUGGGCAAAGACAAGAACUUCCCCGGAGUAACAAUACAGUCUGAAGCCCCGUUGCUAGUCACUACCGGGGUCAAGCUAGUCGACCCGGAGACCCUCAAGCCAACGGAGAUUGAGUGGAGGUUCACUGAGGAAGGAGACAAGGUCCGCGUGUCUCUAGCCAGCAGCCGCAUCAUCCCGAUCCCGAAGUCAGCAGAGGAAACCAUAGACUACAAGAGCAAGUCGUUAUAUGUUGAGAACGCAGAGAAGGAUACCAAGGCUGACGCUGCUACUAGGAUAACAUUUGACCCCAAACUCCGCACCUUCGAGAUGGAUAUUAUGGAAUCUAUGGGCAUCAAGGAAGACAGAGUACCAGUGAAAUCUUAUUGGUACUAAAAAUUAGUUUAAAAUGUAUUAAGAAAUAAAUAGUUAAUUUGUCUUUG